AUGCAUCCCCAGGGCGUUUUGCCGAUGGGCCCCCUACCUAUGGGGGCUCCGCAGCAGCAGCAACAGGCAGGAAGGGGUCCCAGCAGCGGAAGCUCCUCUGGGGCCCCCGACUUAUUGACCUCUCUGAAGCCAUGUAAGCUGCCAGAGGACAUGCCGCUACCCGUGAGCAGCAGAAAGGCAGCAGCAGCAGCUGCAGCAGAGAAUGACGACGAAGAAGACAGUGGCGGGUUUGACUGGAAGGGCCUCGCGCGUUCUUCCCAGCAACCGCGGAAGCAGCAGCAGCCAAGGAAUGCCUCGGAUGCCGUUGCUAAAGCGUCGCAGCGUAUUGCUGUCAUCACGGGGGGAGGGGGCUCCCAGAGUGCUGGAGCAGGUGCAGCAGCAGCAGCGCAGCAACACUCCAGUCAGAAACGUGAGCCUGAGCGCCAGGGUCCCCAAGAGGCAACCGACAACUUAGGGCGCAGGGUGUGGGACAAGGAGUAUUACGAGGAGAAGGCCAAGGAAAAGGCUUCGUUGCUGGGGGUUGAAUCUUUUCUAGACUUGCUACCAAAACCCAGAGAGAAGCCCAAACCGCCGCCGCUGCCGCCGUGCGGCUACCGGCAGCAGCUGCAGCAGCGCACAUUUAAACUCGACUUCGAGAGAGAAGUCGGCCGCACGAAAAUGGUCACCCUGCAGACCCCCAGGAUGCAGCAGGGAGGGUUCUGGUGCGACAUUUGCGAGUGUUUGUGCAAGGACUCACAAGCCUAUUUGGAUCAUAUUAAUGGCCGCAACCACAACCGGCUUCUUGGAAUGAGUAUGCGCGUAGAGCGGGUGCCCUUGGCUCGGGUUAAGGCCAAGUUGCAGGCAGCGCGGCAGACGGCGGGGACUGGGUGGGAGCCUCCAAACCCAAAGACAAAAGCGGAUGCGCCUGUAAGGCAGCAGCAGCAGCAGCAGCAAGGAGGAGGCGCUCAGGGAACGUCAGGGGGAUUCGGGGCCCUUGCGGGCGGCGCAGGAGCCGAAGGGGGGGCUGCGGAGGCGGAAGAUGAAUUUGAAAGGGUCAAGCGACGCCUAGAAGAGCUCCAGAGGGAGCAAGAACUGAAGAAGCAGCGUAAGAAGGAAAAGAAGAGAGCUGCUGCUGCUGCUGCAGGCGGGACCACGCCAGCAGCAAAAGUAGCAACACCGGCAAACACAGGGCUGGAAGCCAAUCCGGACGCCGCUGCCCUGGCAGCCAUGGGGUUGCCGACUUCUUUCAGUGGCUGCUGA